CAAGUUUUGAAUAUCAAUUCUCUCUCUUCAUUUCACUUAUUAUUAUUACGUUUUGUUAGUAUUUGUGAAGAAAAUGGAUUCCAACAAGGCAAGCUACAAUGCUGGACAGGCCAAGGGCCAAGCUGAGGAAAAGGCAAGCAACAUGAUGGAUAAGGCUAGCGAUGCAGCACAAUCUGCAAAAGAAUCCGUGCAAGAGGGAGGUCAGCAGCUGCAGGCAAAGGCACAAGGAGCUGCUGAUGCAGUGAAGGAUGCUAUGGGCACCAAAAAUUAAUUAUUGAAUUAAAAUGAAGCUGAUUUCAUUAAUUAAUCAUUACUUAAUAAUAUGAUGGCUCUAGGGUUCUUGAUUCACUUCAUAUCUGGAUUUUAAUUUAUCCUCUUUAGGGGUUUUAAAUUAAUCUUUUUAAGAGUU